AUGACAACAUCCCAGGAAUGGGCGAAGAUGCUCCGUGGUGAGCUCUACUGGGCUUGGGAUGAAGAUCUCCAAGCAAACCGAACACGAUGCAAACAGGCCUGCGACGAGUUCAACGCAGCCAAGAACAUUCCACGACGUCGACAGGUGGAACUAUGGAGGAACAUCAUCGGCGACACCAGAGCCCUUCCACCCGUUAAUCCCGAUCCCAAAGAAGAUGAAGCUCUAUUUGAAGAGACAGAUCCCUUUGUCGAUGGCCCUAUCUCGGUUGACCAUGGGAUUAAUUUGAAAGUCGGCAAAGGGACAUUCAUCAACUUCAACACGACUAUUCUCGAUACAUGUCUCAUCACCAUUGGUGAUAAUGUUCUCUUCGGCCCUCAUGUCUGCAUCUACGGAGCAGUGCACCCCAUGGACCCAGCAAUUCGCCAGGGAAUAAAAGGCCCAGAAGCAGGGAAAGAGAUCCACAUCGAAGACGAUGUGUGGAUUGGAAGGAGUGUGACCAUCUUGGCUGGCGUCAGGAUUGGAAGGGGCAGUACUGUUGGUGCUGCGUCAGUUGUGACGAGGGAUGUGCCUCCGUUUCAUUUUGUCGCCGGCAAUCCAGCCAGAGUCAUCAGACGCAUUGAGACCAGCAUGGACAAGGACUCGUGA